AUCUAUUUCCAUUGUCUCUAUCUCUCUCUCUCUUUGAAGCAGUUUGUUACUUCUUACUUUUGUGUUUCUUCAUAUUCUUCAGAAGCAAGCACAAGGCUAGGGAUCGAAGAAGCGGCGAUCACUGAUCGUAUCUCACUACGAUCACAUUAAUGGAUAGAAUGUGUGGUUUCCGCUCGACGGAAGACUAUUCGGAGAAAGCGACGUUGAUGAUGCCGUCCGAUUAUCAGUCUUUGAUUUGUUCAACCACCGGAGACAAUCAAAGACUGUUUGGAUCCGACGAACUCGCUACCGCUUUGUCCUCGGAGUUGCUUCCGCGUAUUCGAAAAGCUGAGGAUAAUUUCUCUCUUAGUGUCAUCAAAUCCAAAAUCGCUUCUCAUCCUUUGUAUCCUCGCUUACUCCAAACCUACAUCGAUUGCCAAAAGGUGGGAGCGCCUAUGGAAAUAGCGUGUAUAUUGGAAGAGAUUCAGCGAGAGAACCAUGUGUACAAGAGAGAUGUUGCUCCAUUAUCUUGCUUUGGAGCUGAUCCUGAGCUUGAUGAAUUCAUGGAAACCUACUGUGAUAUAUUGGUUAAAUACAAAACCGAUCUUGCGAGGCCGUUCGACGAGGCUACAACUUUCAUAAACAAGAUUGAAAUGCAGCUUCAGAACUUGUGCACUGGUCCAGCGUCUGCUACAGCUCUUUCAGAUGAUGGUGCGGUUUCAUCUGACGAGGAACUGAGAGAAGAUGAUGACAUAGCAGCGGAUGACAGCCAACAAAGAAGCAAUGACCGCGAUCUGAAGGACCAGCUACUACGCAAAUUUGGUAGCCAUAUCAGUUCAUUGAAACUCGAGUUCUCUAAAAAGAAGAAGAAAGGGAAGCUACCAAGAGAAGCAAGACAAGCGUUGCUCGAUUGGUGGAAUGUUCAUAAUAAAUGGCCUUACCCUACUGAAGGCGACAAAAUAUCUCUGGCUGAAGAAACAGGUUUGGAUCAAAAACAAAUCAACAAUUGGUUUAUAAACCAAAGGAAACGCCAUUGGAAGCCUUCGGAGAACAUGCCGUUUGAUAUGAUGGACGAUUCUAAUGAAACAUUCUUUACCGAGUAAUGAAAAGAGAGACAUGAAAUUGUGCAUUGUAUAAUUUUUACACUGUUUUUCCAAGAAAAGAAAACAGUAAAAAGCUUUUGGUAAAUGGGGCAUCAUCGCGAAUGAAUGGAACCCGUUAGCCAAAACGGUCAAGGGCGUAACGAGACAUUGUAUUGGAAAUAGUGGCAAUAUUAUGUCACUAAUCUUCCAAUCAUCCAAAUUGAUAGAUUUCUUAUUUGUAUUGAACCUUACUUAGAUAGCUGAUGUGUCAACUAAAUAAUUUAUUUUCAUUAUCCAUUCGGGUAGAAGAAUUCAUUAUCCAUUCGAAUUUUGUGACUAUUUGGCUCGGUUUCGGAGCCGGAUUUUUCGGAUCGGUUUUUGGAUUUCGGAUUUUAUGCCCAGCCCUACUUAUACUACUUGUAUCAAUGUCUCUAAUUGAUCAAUUGUUGCUUGCUAUUCAAAUAUCUGUCUUGGCAGUUCUCAAGAUCGUACAGUAAGGAUGUGGGAAGUUACUGGGGGUGGUAAAGAUAAAUGUUUGAAGCUUGGGUGGGUUGAAGAAAUUGCACCUAGGGCUGGAAUUAUUGAGUACUUCUUUUUUGUUACCAAGUAUGAUACAUAAGAUAACUUACCUAUACUAUCUAGCUUCUCUCAGUGGUUUAUAACAAGAUUUUAGUUUGUGCUCAACGAUUUGUAUUUUGUUUUUCUUAUACACUUAUUCAAGCCUCAUCUACCACUUAAACUAAUUUUUAAAAAGU